AUGGACAGCCACUCGUACGUGCACAAGCUGAUGCAAGACGAGCUGAUGGCGAAUAGUGUUCAUUUCUCGGAUAACGACGACGGCAGCAGUGAUGAUGAUAGUGGCGACAUCUCGACUCCAGAGCUCCACAGCGGCACACCUCGUGGAAUCGACAAAGCUUCGCCCAAAAGGCGAACAUCAGUUGUGAAGAAGAACGCGUUCCUUGAGUCGCUUAAAACGCAGUCCAACUGGCGAUCCUGGUAUGGAAAUGUGGAUAUGCGCAAUCUCUUAGACCCUCCGCUGGCGCAUGUCCCGGUAAAGCUGCAAACGCACAACGUAACUCCGCUUGAGCUUCCGGAGGCAACGGAAAUUCGCGCAGCUGACAAGAGAGCAAGCGAUUUGGAGAUGCUGGAACAUGACAUCAGACGAGAGAAGCAGCGAGGUUCGGCAUUCAGCGAGCAACUUUUGAUGAUGCUUCAAGGCAAAACAGUAUCGGGGAAGCCACUCGAGGAGGAGUACAAGCAGAUCUUACAGUAA